AUGCUAUCUCCCAAUGUAAAGACUCUUUUUGAGAGGAUUAAGGCUCGUGUGAACUGUAAAAACGUAAAGUUCAGUAAACCGCCCUUAACACCCGAAACCAGCGUUCACACCCCUAGCAGGUACUCAGUGGGAGGACUCAGAGAACAUGGAGAAUGGCUUUCGACAUUUUCAGAGAUAAAAAGGACCUUUGACAGGGAAAAUAUGGAUAUUAACUUGAUUUUUGCAACUAAAACUGGAGAAUCCUUCAUAAAGAGCCUCUCAGACAGAGUUUACUCACUCAAUCCAGCUGAUAUUUACGAGAUUCUGCUUUCUCUACAUAUAUUCAAUGCCAAAUUAGAACAUUUUGAAGCAAUUCUUUUAAACGAAUUAAAAGAUUCUCUUGACGAUCUCACUACUCUCCAGCUAUUCGAGCUUCCAACACUAACUACACGAAUGGAUGAAAGUUUCUCUAAAAAAUUUGAACAGGUGCUGUUUACGACAUUUAUAGCUGGCGCUUCAUAUUCACUUAUCUACUCAAUGUAUUUUAUUACGUAUAGGUGA